CAGCUGAUUACGCCUUCCCCUCUGAUGGAUGCAGGAUUUCCAGGCUUCGGCGCUUUGAAGGGCUCACAGGAAUCCGCUUCUCUUCAAAAUACAUCUGUUCUACUGAAAAUAACACCACAGUAGCUUUAGGUUUAUUCGCGGGAGAAGCAUUAGAUAGCAGAACUGGCGCUGUUGGUGGAGUGAAUGAUGAACGGUCACGCAAUUUUAUACACCGGGGUCACUUUGGCCUUCUGGACGACCAUACUGAUCGUCGGUAUUUGCUAUACGAUUUUUGACCUUGGAUUCCGAUUUGAUGUAGCAUGGUUUUUAACAGAGACUUCUCCCUUUAUGUGGGCUAAUCUUGGAAUUGGCCUGGCCAUUUCUCUGUCUGUUGUUGGAGCUGCAUGGGGGAUUUACGUCACUGGGUCCAGCAUAAUUGGUGGUGGUGUCAAAGCCCCAAGAAUCAAGACCAAAAACCUUGUCAGCAUUAUCUUUUGUGAAGCUGUUGCUAUUUAUGGGAUCAUCAUGGCAAUUGUCAUUAGCAAUAUGGCAGAGAACUUCAGUGGUACAAGUCCAGAGACUAUUGGGGCAAGGAACUACCAAGCAGGCUACUCCAUGUUUGGUGCUGGCCUCACUGUUGGUUUUUCAAACCUCUUCUGUGGUAUCUGUGUUGGCAUCGUGGGCAGUGGAGCUGCUCUGGCAGAUGCUCAGAAUGCCAGCCUCUUUGUCAAGAUCCUCAUCGUUGAAAUUUUUGGCAGUGCCAUUGGACUGUUUGGAGUGAUCGUAGCCAUACUGCAGACAUCAAAAGUAAAAAUGGGAGAUUAGAUGACUGCAAGACCUAAAGAUCAAAGAUGCUGUGUUGCUGGUGCAAACUGAGAGUGUAAAUACAUAGUAAAUUAUUUAAAUGUAUUUUUCUUUGUGUCUGUUUUAACCAUCAUUUUCUGAAGAUUGAAAUACAUGUGCACCAAUUUGUCUUAAAAAAGAGUGCAUUGUGAUGUCAAAUGCAGAUCUUUGACAAAACUUUCACACUUUGUUUGGAAAGAGAUGAAACAUCUCAUAAUAAGAAAAAGAAAGUAUGAAAAUACCACGUAAUGUUUUUUGGACAUCUAUAAAUGGCAUAAAAGUAUAAAAUGUAAACAUUUGAAUUGUGAGUUUGAAGAUUUUUUAUUAUUAAUUCAAGGUAUUUUAUUUGUUGUAAAAACAAAUAUAUAGUCUAAAUGAUCCUGCAUACAGUGAUGGAACAGUCUGUCCGUAGGCCCAAGAUAAAGGUUAUGUUUGUAAUAAUCUCAGAGUCCAAUACAUAGUUUACCGUGAUUGUUUUGUAAAGUACAGAAAACAAUAAAAUUGUAUUAGUAAGGUUCUUUGCAUUAAGUGGCAUAAAUUGUGAAGUAUUCUCUUGAUCGCUGUAUGCAAGAAGUCCUUGUUAUAGUGUAAACAGCAUCUGGUAUAUCCAGUUUGGCUGGCCUGAUUUCACUCUCAUGUGUUGCAUUGUUUCAUGUUACUUCUGAAUUAAAAUAAAUGCUAUAAGAAAAUAAAUAGUUAUACCAAAACUCUUGCGUUAAACAAACAAAAAAUAUUAUUUCUACCAGUGUUAAUCCUCACUUUUCAAAGGGCACUCUUCAGUUCUGGUUGGCUAAAAAUGAGAGGAUAUAGUAAUCUGAUAUGUGUACAUAUUAAAAGCAAUUGUUUUUUGUGGAGCAUGAGGGUGAUAACAUUCUGUAUUUUCCUAGCUACAUGUCAUGUGAUUUUUGUUUUGUAUUUUUUAUUUUAUUUGUGUAUUGCAAGCAAACAGUGGUCUUGAUCCCCAAUUCGCUAUGUUUACUCCUAAGAAUAAUGUAAUAUUUAUCUUUGCUGCUCUGGUCAGUAAGCCCAGAAAAUUAUUGUCUUAAAGGGCAAUUGCGAUUGUUGCUUUUCAUAGAACACCAUUGCACAGCAAACAGCGGUUUGGGGUUCAUUUUAAUUGGCUAUAGGUUAUCUUUAUAUAUUGUGAAAAUUCUAGCUGUACACCAUCUGAACCACUGGUUAUGGAAAUCAUCAUCAAACUUGUAAGACCACUUGGCCUUCCUUAAGCUUUUCUGAAAUGCUUUUUCUAUCUAUGGUGUAUUUGUGAAGUGGCUGUACAUACUAAACCUAAUGAUUUUACUAACCCCUGAAUGUACACACUUCAAAAUCACGAUCUGUUUUGAAGCUUAAAUGUCUGGUGUUGAUGUUCAAAUAGCACACCCCAUUUGCAAAUCACUAUGGUCUUGUGAAUAGAUCCCUGAUGACCAAGAUCCUUGCUCAUUUACAAGCAGCUCAUUUUCAUUAACAGUUCUGCUCUGGGACUACUUUGUUUUCUUGCAUACAUGUUUAUUUUGAAACAUUCCAAAUGAGACCUGGUAACGAUGUGGUGGUUCAACGCUCCUGGUGGAUCCUAAUGAUAAAAGAAGCAACAGAUGUGCUCUUAUGAAUGGAGAGACUGCUUUAGGUCUCAGUAUCAUAGGGCUUCCAGUAGCUUGAUUGGCUGUCUGUUGUGGUUCAGGAGUCUUAUGGAAAAUUACCUUUAACCCAUGUCUCCUGUUUCAGUAAUUGUGUUAAAUAUGUUAAUGUGGUGAUUUUAUUGUUUUGAUGUGUACAAGUGGAUCCUCUUGACUUCAUCACUGUACUUGAAAAAAUAAAAGAAAUG